AUGGCGGCGCCUCCGCCAGGCGCUGUUUCUGCAUGUCCGGUUUCUUCAAAUCGCAAAGAAGGCAGCGAAUCUGCGGAAACGGAUCCGAGGGACGAAGGGUGUCGACCCCGCACACUGCAUGCACAGAUUGUUGGCGACGCUCCGGAAGCCGCCCCAUGUGACGAAAACAAAGAAAAUCCACCACACUCUUUCUCUCCCGCUUCUUCCUCUGUAUCCGCCGCUCCUGCACCUCGCGCUCAGUUGCCUCAGCUUGCUUCCUCUGCAGGCGCAGACUGUCGCGAUGACACCCUCGACGGAGCCGCUGCUGCUCCUGCCGCUGCAUGCGCACCCGCUUCGUCCGGCGCCCCGACUCCGCGUGGAUCGAAGAACGGCAUGAGUCGAGAGUUGCUGAAGCUUUUGUCUGGAAGUGGAAAUUCCUUCGAUGAACUGUGCUUCGCCUUCAACCCACGGUCCCGUCACGCGUCCGCUGGGGCUUCCAAUCCCAGUGGCUCGGUGUCGACUCGAGGGCGCCGCCGAGACGACAGCACCCUGGAAACGCUCUCUCCUCAGACUGAAAAGGAAGGACGUCCGUCCUCGGCUUCGUCUCCUGCUCAAGCGUCAGGCGGUCGGGCGUCCGUGAGGAAGGAGAAGAAGUCAGCUGCUUCUGUCUCACCCACUGACUCCAAGACGAACUCGGAGACGAACUGUUCGUCACGAACGAGGGAGGGCCCCGAAGCUUCUGAAGGACAGGCGGCGGCCUCAGGCUGCGUCUGCGUCGAUGAGGAGACAGCGAAAGCGAUCGCCACUGCCCUCGCUGCCGAGAUGGAGACCUGCCGGGAGUUGUCGAGUCUGCUGAAGAAUGGUAAAGGCGGCGACCAGGGCGCAGUGCCGGAGGAAAUUCUUCUGGCCUUGGCCGGACAGAAAGCUCGACGCCCCUUGCGGAGCUGCGCUGCACCAAAACCGGCACAAGCCACCUGGAAGCGGGACGCGAAGGCGAAGAGUCGCGGCUCCACCAGUGCAUGCGGAAAGUCGGAUUCAAGCGCCUCUCCUCGCGCCGCCAGCUGUCGCGACUCCUCAGCUGCUUCCCUCGAUCUUUCACUGAAGUCUGGAAGAUCUUCAAGAAGUCUAAAGGCUGGAUCGACGAGAACGGAUCCACAGGAGCCCGCAGAGAACAGAGAAAAGGAACAGGUGAACGAAACCGAAGAGCGGCAUUCAGAUGUGAACGACGAGAAGCGUUUGGACAACAAGGAAGAGAAGAGCACGCACAAGAGAGAGCAGAAGCAAGCGAGCAAACGAGAAAAACAAGAGGACAAGAGUGAAGUGAAGACAGAGACGGACUCGCGAAGAGUUUUAGAAGAGGCAGACGAGGCGACACAAGCUGCGAUCGCAGCUCUUCUCGCUGAGGAAAUCGGGGCGUCAAGAGAAGCAGCGAAGCUUCUCGCGGGAGAGGGAGAGGUCCAGGCGUACGGACGACUUGCGGCGUCUCUCGCUGGCGGCCUCGGCUGCCGGCGCCGCGCGACCCGGCAGCUCGCGGCCCUGGCGUCUGCGUCUGCAGAGGCUGCAAAUGGCAAAGGAUGGCACGACGACGUGAUGAGAGAGAAGAGGAGCAAGAAAGCAGCCUUGAAGAAGAGCUGCGAUGGCGGGAGAGAGAUCGGUGAAGAAGAGGAAGAAGAGAAGAGCUCUCCAGUCCUCGCCAGGAGCGCAGAGGGCGAGCCGUCUGACGAGGACAAAGACGCAUGGCCCGACCGAGGGACCGAGCGAGGGGAGGGUGAAGAAGAAAGACAAAAGAGGAAGAAGGGGAAAUCCCGAGGUGUCAGACGGCAGAAGAAGGCUGAGGCGUCGGAGACGAGAGAGGCGGAAGAGCAGCAGAGGAAAGUUGCUGCGACCACAGCGAAAGGCGAGGCGGAGUCAUCGGAGGACGAAGCCUUGUGUUUGGAGAGGGGCAGAAACGGGAAGAGGAAAAGUGACCUCGUGAACGCGGAGCUGGCGGAGAAAAAGAGGAAGAAAACGGAGAGAGAAGAGGAAGUACAAAUCAAGGAGGAGAAGGACACGACGAAGUUGGCGUCGAAGGGGACAAAUCAGGCGAAGACGCGAAGGAAGGCGCAGACCGGAGAGGGCGGGGGCGACAGCGGGGAGGAAAGAGAGACUGGGGAAUCCAGAGAAGUGACAAAAAGAGAGAGAACCUCUGAAUCGGCUGAAGCGUCUAGAGAGGUCGGGGAUGUGGACCGAGCAGAGGUCCAAGCCACCCCGCUGCCGAAGCGAGACGGAAACAGAGACGGCAACAGAGACGACGAACUCUCUCCUCCGAAGAAGGCCAGGACAAAGACGAAGAGUCCUGAAGAAGAGUCCACGACGGCAGAAGAGGAACAGUUCGUGAAGGAAGAGGUGGAGAACAGCGUGUCACUUUUUUCACCUCGUAAAACGAAGACAAAUGCUGAAAAAUGUCUUUUCUCGGCUGACGACGCAGACACCUUGGAGGCGCAGGAACGGGGGGGAGCUGCGACAGUCUCGGGGGCUCGACACCGAUACUCUGCGACCGAUGGAGAGAAAAAAGAAGACGAGGCAAAUGGAGAUCUCGAUGCGAGAGAGGCGACUCGAGAGCGAGAACCCAGGGGUGAUUCGACUCGAGCCGAAGAAGCGAUUAGGACCGGGGAAGAACACAAAGACCAGGAAGUGGAAAUACGACGAGUGAGGACGCACAGCGAUGACGAGGGAGCUGCGGAGAACAGGACAGAUAGACGUCGAGCGUCGCUUCCAACUGCAUGCGAUGCCGAAGGCGGAGGACGCAGAGAGAAGAAGGACCGGAGCUCAGAAGAAGAAGCAGGAAACCUCGAGAGGUCUGACGGUCAGGGAGGAGCAAAAGAAGUUCGCGCACCAUGCGAGGGACGCCCUCUCAAAAUUCGCAAGAGAGUCAUUAAAGCAAAUGCUACAGUGAACUUCACUUUGUGCGGCAUUUGCGGGGGGUUCGGGGACGUUCUCUGUUGCGACUUUUGUCCUCGCGUCUUCCAUCCUGUCUGUCUCUUCAAGUACCACCCGCUGCGCGUCUUCGUGCCAGUCGAACUGCGGGAGGCUGCCCACGCCACUCUGUCGUCUUCGUCUUCUUCUCCUUGUUCGUCUUCUUCCUCUUCCUCUUCUUCUUCUUCUUCUCGGCGGACCCAGGCGGCCGACUGGGGGUCGUUGCCUCCACCUCCGCCGCCGCUGCCAGGGUACCGCAGCCACUCGCGGGCGCUGGAGGACGAGCAAGGCCGGGGGAGAGCAGAGGCGAGCGGUUCUGCGUUUGCCUGCGCGACUCCGGAAGAAGACGCAAAGAGUCUCUGGAUGUGCCCGGACUGCUACGGCGUCCCCUAUUCCGCGAGCCGGCCGACGGAGCACCCGGCAUGGCGUGUGAAGUGCGUCGACUGGCGCAGACUCGCUGAGGAAGAAAGCCAUUUGUUUCUCUCCUUCCCCAGUCUCGACGCCGUCCAGCCGUACUUCGGCGAUGAGGACGCGUGGCGAAGCUUCCGAGACAGGAAAGGCGAGAAACUCUUGAAGCGGUCCGCGCAGAUUGCCAAGACGGUGACCGGUGCGACGAAGGCCGGCCGCGAAAAGCAAACGCGUCCUGCGAAAACUGUCUUCCUUCGACUCGGAGACUUCCCGCUCACCCCCGCCAGACACUUGCUCUACGCGAUGGGCAAGAAGACAGCCUUGCAGGCGGUCGGCUUCCUGAAAAACCUUCUUCUGCGCGUCGCCAGCUCGAGCAAAGAAGAAGAACAAAUGAACUUUCUGGAAUUUGGAGCCGAAGUAGCGUAUCUUCUGACCAACUUGCUCGGGUACUUGGGCGCCUCCAAACAUCUGGUGGACCCCAUCGUCGACGCAGCCUCCUGCAUUCUUUUGCUCUGGUCCAAGCGCCGGCGGAAACUCGGCAAAGAAGCGAUCAUGACGGAUGAGGCGUUGAUCUUCUCCACACUCGAGGCCUGCUGGGCGCAGCUAGUGCUUCACCGGUACAGCACGACUUCGGGAUUGCGAGCUUCGCCGUCGUCGACGCCUUCGGCGUCGCUGGCGGGCUCUUCUCCGAAGACGACUCUCAGCUGCAGUCUGGGGGAACAAAAACUGUACUACCGAGAGUGGAAGGAAGAAGUCGAGCGUUCAAUCGCUGCAAGUCGACUCGAGUUCCUCUACUUCGACUUCCGAGCUGGCCAGCUCCUCUACUACGACCUCUCCACCUGCCCAAACUGUGACCGAUCUGGAGGCGUCUCAGGCCGAUACGCGGUCUGCAGUCUGUGCAACUUCCUCUUGCCGCCGGAGUGGGCCUGUGUGGACUUCGGUCGCCUGUUCGAGCAGCUGGUGUGGGGAAGCCUCAUGCAGCGGGCGGGCAUCACUCCGUGUGAAGCGAAGAAAGGCCGCAGUUGCUGGGGCGGAUCGUCGCCUGUCGAGCAGAUUCUCCUCGAAAUGAAGAGCAGCUUGCGGCCCUGGCGCCGUCGCCUCGACUUGGGAACCGAAGACUGGAAAAACCAAGUCUACAUGGUGACGCACGCACUGUUCGUCGUCAGUGGCUGGGGCCGAUAUCGUCUGGAUUUGCGCGAACGUUUCUGGCUGCCAGACACACGUUUUCUGCGCCUUGCUCUCCACGAGGCCAUGUUGGUCGGAGACGUCGAACUAACUGGAGAAAUCCUUCAUUCGCUGCACCUGUUCCUCGUAUCGGACUCGCCUCGCCGAUCUUCUUCGCCCUCCGCGGCCAGCGGCAAUGGAGACGGUGCUGCGGGGCGUCCGUCGCCGCCGCGUCUCCUGACAGAAGAGGAAGAAGAAGAGCUGCAGGCUGAGCAGUUUGCGAUUGACCUGGCCAUCCAGCAUGGCAUCAUUUACCUGCUGUACAGACAGUCCAAGUCGCAUCGCGGGUGCUGGACAGCGAAACAAGAUUCCUUCUACAAAACGUUCCACACCUCGUUCUGUGCUGCCAUAGGACUUAUUCGCCCUCACCGCGGAUCCGCCGCCAAGUCUGCGUCCAGUUCUUCGUUCGCAGCUGCUACAUCGGCCUCCGCGCCCACUGUUGACCGGACGCACAGCAAAUGGCAACAUCUUUUCUGUUCGUCCUGGCCGGCGGCCUCAGUGUCGCUCGCAGCGCCCAACGCCGUUGACUUCCUGGGGGCCUCGCGCGCCGCCAUGCUCGGACCUGCUGUCUCCAAGGCUCGCCGCGCAGCGGACGAUGCUCCUCCGGUCUUCCCCCUCUCAUGUGGAGCGCCUCACUCUCUGCGGCCGAGAUCCAGGGACGACGUCGCCAUUCGAAUCGCCACAGUCAAGGUUUUUGUGAGGCGGCCGCUUCGCCGCAUGUGCUCGUCGCUGUGGAGGCGCGUGUGUGCCUCGUCGAUCGCGGCGUCGCGCAACAGCAAGAAACAUGUCAAACUGUUUGGGGAGAAAGGCCUUCUAGGACCCGAUGUCUUUGGAAAAACAGAGGAAAUCUCGGUCGGAGUCUACUCCUUCCAGGGACUCUGCUGCGUUUCGCUGGACGAUCUCUCGACGCUGCUGCUCUGCGAGUCGGCGUUUCUCGAACACCGGGUCCUCGCGUUUAUUCGGACGGCCUUGGUUUUGCCGGUGAUCGACGCUCAGCAGGCACACGCGAACCGCCACGUGCUUCCGGAGUUUCGCCGCUUCUUCACAGCGUUCGAAAACCGAAAUUGUCUGAAUGGAGGCGCCGAAAUUUCUUCUUCACUUUCUUCGGAGGCAACGCCGCCGCUUUGUUCGAGUUCGGGAGAGACGAGACGAGAGGACGGAGGCCUCUCACAAGAAAACCUCGGACGCGUCGCCGACGGACGGGGUGGAACCAGAGCAGCGACGGGGACGAAGAAACUCUUUUCUCUGCUGGACCUUAAGGAGCUCUUGACGCUGCAGGCCAUGUUGGGCAUCGCAGAGGCACUGGUUUUGCCGAUCGAGGAGAACGUCGGCGCGCUUCUUCGUGCGGUCGAAAACCAAGUCUUCAAGCCCGUCGAGGUCCACAAAUGAAGAAUUCCUUUUCAUUGAAAAUGGCUGCAGGAUUGCUUUCCUCGAACGGCAGAGAAAGCCAAGGGUGUUCAAGGACAUGUUUCAGAUGUCUUCACACCUGAGGGGCAUGCGCUGGCGAUGUGCUUCGCUAGCGUAGUGCCGUUAGUACCGUGCUGAGAGAAGGUAGAGCGAAAGCCAUGGUAUCGGUGUCUAAGUAGGAAAGGGAACAUGAUGACCACGAAGGUUUUUUCGAAACGCCAUGGAUCUUUCGUAGCGUAGACAAGCCCGUAUCAUGCCUGGCGAAAACCGAGAAUAUGUGCUUGGCAUUUGCAGGGACUCUCUAGGGGUCUUCCCCUCCGAAGAGUUCUUUUGCGCGUAGCUCAAGAGACGUGGAACACACAUACACACACACACACUGUUGGGUGGAGCUACACGAGUGAAGAGGGAAACCUUUUUUCAGAGAAUCUCUUGGCAUUUGUGUACAAUUUGGCGCGGCGUGCUUUCCUCGGAAGCCACCCUACUUGGGAGGCGGCCCGUGGUUUCCUGCUCCUCUCGGCGAUCGACUCUCACUGAGCUCUUUUUGGCCAGAGCGCGUCGAAAGGAAGGCGAGACAGUUAGGUCAAAGCUGCGUAUGCCGGGUGCUGAUGUCAUAACAGAUGAAACAAAAGGUUGUCAGUGCGGCUCUCCGUGGAUUGGUAUCAGCUCCAAGUGGACGGGCUG